UUCCAGGUGGAUCUUUGAGCGUUUCAGGGCAUGAAAAAAAAUGGCUGAAAAUUCAAAUUCUCAGGAGCUGGAAAACAACAGCUGGGUGAUCACAGGAGCAGAGGUGAGCACAAUCCAGGCUGCCCCUGUGGAAGAUCUUGGCUUCGAAACUUCCGAAGAAACCCAGUUAGAAGCAGCUUCUCCGCCCGAGAGCGAGCUAUUCGUCGAGAGUCCGGAACUGGAAGAAGAUCAAUCAAAGAGUCAGGAGCCAGAAGGCCACCUGAUUCCCGGAGAUCCUUCCAGCCAGGGAUCUACUCUCUUAUUGCUGGAUGAAAAGAAGACAGAAAGCUCGCAUCCCGAGGAAGAAUUUUCGCCCCCAACAGGUCCCCUCAAAGAUGAACCGAAGGCUUCUCCCAGCACGGGGGAAGAGGCGGCGACCCCCGAAGCCGACGUCGAGGGUCUGCGCCGACGGAAAGGCCGUGUCGUCGACGUCCAGCAGGUGGGGCCGGAGCUGAGCCACGCCCAAGCUAAGGAAGAUCCCGAGGAUGAGAACGAUGGGCUUUCUAGGGUGAAGUGGCUGCUGGCCGUUUUAGCCGUUGUGGGUUUUGGAGUCUUGGCCACGUUGGGGAUCUUCCUUGACACCGAAGACGGAGGCUUAGACAUACUGAACCUGGGGCUGAGUUCUGACAGAGAAGAGCCGUACCCUGCCAGUGGUGGGCAGGACUGGUCACCCUCUGUGGACUCUGGAAAAGACGCUCAACUUCGCGCAGGCAAGGAAAAUCUUUCUGAAGAUCCAAAAAGCUUGGACGCCAUGGGAAUCUUGCUGGACAAAUUAGCCAAGGAAAACCAGGAUAUCCGACUGAUGCAGGCCGAACUUCAGGCGCAGAAAGAAGAACUCGAGAUGUUGCUGCGGAAAUCCCAAGACAAGACGUCGGCUGUCGAUUCCCUGCAGCAGAAUUUGGCUGCGGAAAACCAACGUUUGGCAGAGACCUUGAAGAAGGAGACGGCUGCCCUCUCGGCCGCCCGGGCCGAACUCCAGCUUCUUCGGGAAAAAGUCCGUAAACUGGACACGACGGCCGAUGCCAAAUCCCGCCAGCAUCCCGGAGAAGACCCCGUCUCUCGCCGCCUUCCGGCCAAAUUCGAUUUCCAGGAGAAGGAACUCCAUCGUCUGCGUUCCUUGCUGGUUUCUGUCCGUCAGGAUUUGGGAAAGCUGAUGCAAAAAACUCCCCUGGAGGAAUUGAAAAACUUGGAGCAAAGGCUGGGCAAGGAGGUAGACCUCAGUGAGGCCGAGAAAGAAGCCCGGAUGCUGUGGAAAGAUGGCGGCAAAGCUAGGCAGGGCAAAGCGAAACCGUGGCAGAAGAAACACCAAGGCGAGGAGAAAUUUCGGCACCAGGACGGGGGGGAACCCAAAAUGGCCACCGAGAAGGGACCCCAUCCCGCCAAGAAACACCAAACGAAGGCCCCGAAAGGAGGAGACCGCCAGCGGGGACCCCGCAAAGCCAGAAAACCGAUGGAACCCCAGGAAUUGUGGGCGAUGCUAGCCAAGCAUCCUUUCCCUGCCCCGCAGGGUUGUUCCGGCGUCGCCGAAUGCGCCCACCGAGAGGGUUUGGCGGCCCCCGUUCAGAAAGGCCCCUUCCUCAAAUUGGUGCAGAGUUAUCUCUCCGGAUUGGGCUGGGGCAGAUACUCCAGCGAGUUGGUUCCGGUGCUGGAAGGGUUUUUCGGGGCCGACGGGCUCUUCGUCCACGAGAGGAUCGGCUUUGCGGACUUUUUGGAUAAAACCGAAGACGCCCUGGAAGAGCUGGCGCGUUAUUUGGGGGUGAGCGAAGAUGGGGUGGACGAUUUCGAAGACGCCAUCCUGAAGCAGCUUGGGGCGGCCCCCGGACGCAGAUCCACUCGGGGAGACGGCGCCAAAGAGCGGAGCCAUCCUAAGAACCGGGCGUACGGUUAGCCCGUCUUUCGACCGUCGUGACGAAGGUCAUCGUAUGGACAUUGGUGGAAAUAUCAAGGGAAGAAACUUCUUCAUUUUUUUUGCCAAGUUUUUUGUGGGGGGCCAUUUCCCCCCCCCCCUUCUUCAAACUUUAUAUCCCACCUUACACAUCUGGGAGUGACGUCCAGUGAGUUAUUUAGCUGAUGUAUCCGAGCUCUCCUUUCCUCGUUCUUGUUUUUUUUUUGGGGGGUGGUGUUGGUGUUGAAAUACCGGUAGUCCUCGACUUACGACCACCAUUUCUGUCGUUCAGCGAGACAUCGGUGGAGUGAGCUUCGCGUGUCCCCCGUCCCCCUCCCCCAUUUUGCCUACCUUCCUUGCCGCGGCCGUUAAGCCAAUCGCCGCAGUUUUGUUAAGUUAGUAACACGGUUGUUAAGUGAACCCGGCUUGUCAGAACGGUCGCAAAAAAAAGGGGAUCAGCCGGAGACCGUCGUUAAAUGCGAGUCGGUUGCCGGAACGUCUGGAAUUUUGAUCCUGUGACCGUGGGGGAUGCCACAAAGGUACAAGUGAAAAACGGUCCUCAAACGGCCGUUGCAACUUGGGUCGCUAAACGAACCGUCGUAAGUCGUGGACUGGUGAAAAGAAACAUAUUCCCCUCUGCCCUUCCGCACACACAUUUCUCUGGCCUCUUCCCUUCUUCCUUUCUUCCUCCCCCACCCAAACAAAAAAAAACCCCCACCCACAAAUUGAUCUUCAAACUGGCUUAAAUCUUGAGGUUGCCGUUUCUUGCUUCCAACUGUAAGCCAAUCAGGGCAGGCAGCACCUCGCCAAAUCCAGCUUUGCUUCACACAACACCACAAUUGUCUUGUUUGUGGGUUUAGCCGCACGAUAAAAAUCCUGCACGUUUUGUGUAUUAGAGGAAGAGUGGUUCAAAGACCCCCACCCACCCCAAUCCUUCCCUCCCCCUUCCCACCCCCAGCCUCCAAGGCUUUAGGUGCCCCAGAGCGGCUGCCCAACUUUUUCUCUCCGCACAACUUCCACGCACAAAUAAUUUCCCCCGAAUUGCGUCUGGUUCUAUCGCACUGUGUGUCCAACAGCCAAUAAAAGCACUGAUUUAGAACAACAACAACAAAAAA